UAGCUGCCUCUUCUGUAGCCCCACGUCCAUGCUCUAACCGGCGGAGAAGAGUCACUGGAGAGCUCUGCUGAACUCAGGACACCUUCAGCGAUGGCCUCUCCGCUCAAAGUCUGCAUAGUCGGCUCCGGAAACUGGGGCUCAGCCAUCGCCCGGAUUAUCGGAGCAAAUGCCACGUCGUUGCGUUUUGCCACCACGGUGAAGAUGUGGGUGUUCGAGGAGAACGUCAACGGCAGGAAGCUCUCUGACAUCAUCAACACGGAGCACGAGAACGUCAAGUACCUGCCCGGUUACAAACUGCCUGAGAAUGUGGUGGCCGUCCCGAAGCUGCGUGACGCCGCAGAGGGAGCUGACCUGCUGGUGUUCGUGGUCCCCCACCAGUUCAUCAGGAAUCUCUGCGACGAGAUGGUGGGCUGUGUCUCUGCCAGAGCUCGGGGAAUCACACUCAUAAAGGGUAUAGAUGCGGGUCCUGGGGGCCUGAAGCUCAUCUCUGACAUCAUCCGAGAGAAGAUGGGGAUUGACGUCAGCGUCCUCAUGGGAGCAAACAUCGCCAACGAAGUGGCUGCCGAGAAGUUCUGUGAAACCACUAUUGGGAGUAAGAUUCUGGAGAAUGGCCUGCUGUUCAAAGAGUUGCUGCAGACUCCAAACUUCAGAAUCACAGUGGUCGAUGAUGCUGAUACAGUGGAGCUGUGUGGAGCUCUGAAGAACAUCGUUGCGGUUGGCGCGGGCUUCUGCGACGGGCUGCGGUGCGGCGACAACACCAAGGCGGCCGUGAUCCGCCUGGGGCUGAUGGAGAUGAUAGCCUUCGCCAAACUCUUCUCCAAGAACGGCAGCGUCUCCACGGCGACAUUCCUAGAGAGCUGCGGCGUGGCCGACCUCAUCACCACGUGCUACGGUGGCCGCAACCGGCGGGUGGCAGAGGCCUUCUCUAAAACUGGGAAGAGCAUUGAGGAGCUGGAGAAGGAGAUGUUGAACGGUCAGAAGCUGCAGGGUCCUGCUACCUCAGCCGAGGUUUACCACAUCCUCAAACAGAAGGGCCUGGUGGACAAGUUCCCUCUGUUCACAGCGGUCUAUCAGAUUUGCUUCGAGGGGAGGCCAGUCCAAGAGAUGAUCUCCUGCCUGCAGAGCCACCCAGAACACAUGUGAUCAGCAGGUGGGGGUUCUCACCAGGCCGGAGGGGGGGGUCCGCUGAAAGGAUUCACACAACAUGUUCACACCAAGGUUUUGCAUUAGGUACUAAUGCUGUCAAAAAAAAAGACAAAGUCCUUAAUCAAUUCAAGUUAAACUGAUAAUAAAUAAUUAAAUGAAAACAAAGGAUUUUCCACAUUUCCAACCCUUUUAAAUUUUUGUAAACAAUGGAGGAAAAGUGAUCUCAGUCUUAAAAUGAAAGGAGAAUCAGCCCUCUGCCUGUCUGCUAGAUCUCACCUCUUCCCCUUAAUCAGAAUAUUCCCUCAAAUAAGAGCCAAGCUAAAUUACUUCUGUUUACACUAAGGUCACCACUGACCAGACUCUGGUUUUCCUUCUCAGUCAUCAACUACAAUCUUGAAGCAGUACCUGUUAUUAUAACAACAAAGCAUUCUCUCAACAUUCAAGAGUUUUCCAAACAAACAAGGACACUUUUUUUGCAGUUUGGGUAGACUGCAGUGUCGAUAAUUCCAUGCAGAAGAAAGUGUGAUUGCAACUGACUGACACCAGAAAAAUCGAAUCUAACUCAAAUACCUAUAUUUAUAUUGUGAUGGUAUUAUAGGGUUGACCUUUGGUGCUUUUACAAAGUAUUUCCACAUGAGAUUUUUGAUAAUCUUUAGUAUUGUAAAAAAUAAUGACUGAGUGGGAAAAGGCAAAUAAUCAGCCCAAGAACAGACAACACCUAUUCAAUAAUAUGAUGUCUGAAAUCUAAGACGAUGUCUAGUCUCAUCCUGUUAUCGAUAUAAUAUCAAUGUUUCCAGACCCUAUUCUGAUUUUAAUUCUGCAGGUCAAUGGGGCUGUUUAUAAGAUAUUUAUGGGAUCAACUGUGUGUUGUUUUGUGUUUCUUUUAUCUGAUAUCUUUUUCACCUGCUGAUGUUGGCAUAAAGUGCCUGCCCUUUUCCAAAAAGUUUCUAAUGACGGCUGCUCACAUGGUUCCGUGCAAACAAACUAUCUAGUGGGUCAGAUUCGUAUCGGACAGGUUUCCUAGGACACUUAAUGGAACCCAACCAUCCAUGCUAGCAGUUCCACAUGUGCUUUUCCUGCUUUAUAAAAUUCAAAAAGUCUUUGUUGUUGGAGCGUCAUGCUGCUACCACUCUCGCUAUUUGAGUCUGUUUGGCCAAAUAUCCGUCAAAUUAAAAUUGUGUUUCUUCAUAUAUCCAAGGCUUUUCCACAGGUCAGUUUUGGAUAGAGUUUUGUUUUAUUAAUUCCGUUUCUGAUGCACUAUGGUGACAACUACCUGUUCUACAUAUUUUGAGUUUUCACUGCUGCCCCGAACUACAGCUGUCACAAUAUCAGAUUUUUACUACUUGAUUAUCGUGGCCAAAAGAGCUCACGCCAUUAUCGAGAUAUCUAUAUAAAAAAUAUAAAAAAAUGACAAUAAUGCUUUGAGUCAAAUUCAUCUUUAAAUUUCAUCUUUGUUUACCUUGCGUUUUGUCUUUUGGCAAAUUUAUUCCACUCAAAACUAUGGGUGUGGGGAGGUGGAGA